AUGGGAAAUACUACUAGCCUCAGAAUAGCUAAUGAACCACAGUCAAUGAAUUAUAAACAAGUUCUUGAGAAAUGUCUUAAAAAUUUUCCUAUUUCAAGUAUCGAUAAUGUUCAUCUUGCAAAUACUUUGUUUAGUAGAAUUCCUAAACCAUUUACUCAAAGGAUAUUUAGUAUUUUCCCUGAAAAAAUUUCAUUUGAAACUGUUGUUGCUUUAGUAUAUAUAUUCAUGGUUUCACCUCGUCACACCCGUGCAUGUUUUGUUGUUGAUUUAUAUAUUGGAAAUAAAGUGCAAUUAACAAGAGACCAAGUUUAUCGUUUCUUUUAUGACUUAACAAUAGAAACACAUUCAAGUAUAGAUAUCACAAUUUUACUUGAAGACUUUGUUUCACAAAAUAAUCACAAAGACUACACUGAUAUAGACCUUAUUGAUUAUCUAACAUUUCGUAUCAAUAUUGACAAAGUUAAAAGUCUUCCUAUAUUUAAAUGGAUUAUAAGUGGUGGUACAAUGCCUGAAAAAGGUUAUCCUUUAAUUGAACAAGAAAGAACAGUUAAUGACCUUUUGUUAAUGUGGGAUGUAACAAAACCAAAAAUUUCUACUUUAAAACAUUCUAAGGUAACAAGUAAAAUUAUUUCUACAUAUUCAACCAUUGAUAGUUUAUGUAAUUUUAAAGAAAGAUCAAUUGAGCAAUUGAGAGAAAUUUACUAUUUAUUACAUCCAUUACAAUAUACGUCUAAAGGAGUUCCCAUUCAAACUAUCAUAUCGAUAUUUGCUCUUAGUUUAAAUCGUUCAAUUUUAGUUCCUUUAACAACAUUACUAAAGAAUGAGAAAUACAAUGAAUUUUUUAUCGCUAUUACUUUCACUACAAAGGUUUCAAAAAAUGAAAAAUUUCAAUUUGUUAGAGAAAUAAUAAACCCACCAAAAGAAGGUACUGUUAAUAAACAAUUUAUUACUCCAAUUGUUGAAUCUAUUUCACUUUUUUAUUCUGUUGUUUAUAACUCAGUUGGUGAAUUUAAUUUACAAGAUAAAAUUAUUGAAUUUAUUUGGGAAGAAUUAAAAGAUUUAGGAGAACAAUUUACAUAUGAUACUUUUGAAAAUGAAUUUUCUUCUAAUAGUAAGUUAGACACUAUGGUCGAUCAACUAACACAAGCCACUACAGUACUCCAUGGUGUUUUACCAAAAAAACUCGAAACAGAAGCACAAGUCUUUAAUGCUCUAAUGAGCAUGUAUGAAUUAAACAAGAUGAAACCAGGUGAAACUGUUGUUCUUAUUCCUUCAACCUGGUUUUCAAAAUGGACUAUGAUGCUUAAUUCAAGUAAAAGAGAGCCAUUAGAACGAAUUAAUUUUAAUUUAUUAUUAGAUGAUAAAGUUGCAGUGACUCUUAAACCAAAUAUUAUGGAAAGGGAUAUUAUUCCUCUACACCCAGAGGUAUUUUUAGUGAUUGACUCAUGGUAUAAACAUGAAGGAAAUGUAAUUGAAAGAAGGUUAUAUUAUAAUCAAGAAAAGAAAAGAAUAGACAUAGAAUUAUUUCCAUUAAAAUUGUAUUCAUUUAUUCAUAUUAGAGGUGAAUUAGAAAUACCUUCAAACACUUCACAUAUUGAUACAUUAUUAAUUUCUAGAUUUGCUUCGUUAAGAGAGUUACAUAAAUCGUUAUGUACUAAAUAUAAAUUACCAAUUAAUAAAACACGAGUAUUAUUAUUUGGAAAAUCAAAUAUACCUUUAGUUGUAUCAAUUGUUGAUGGAAUUGAAAUUUACCAAUAUUUUAAAGAAGGGUCAUGGGUUUGUCUUGAAACACUCAGUGUAUAUUCUGAAAUUCAAAAUAUAAAUGAUGGAAUAACCAGUGUUGGUAUCCAUGGAGGUGAAUAUGGUAUUUUUAAUGAAGGAAAUACAUCUUAUAUUAGUACUGUUAUUCAAUGUCUUUCACACACCCCUUUAAUUCGAGAUUUCUUUUUGUCUCAAUCCUUUAAAGAAGAUACAACGAAUGGACCAUUGAAAAGUCUUGCAAAUGCAUUUUCAAACUUGCUUUAUAAUUUAUGGAAACCAUCUAACAAACCAGUAAUUGUAUCAAUCAAAGAGUUUAGAGAAGUUUUCAUAAAUUGUACUCAGCAAUUUAAUGAUAAAGACCAACAUGAUGUUGUGGAAUAUUUAACAUAUUUAUUAGAUUGUCUUCAUGAGUCAGUAAAUAGAAAUUCAGGAUGUGGAUUACCGUAUUUAGAAAUUCCAAAUGAAGACAUGAAGAUUAUUGCUCAAAAUGCGUGGAAAGAAUUUAAUACAUUAAAUCAAUCAAUAGUCACAGACUCAUUUACUGCUAUGACUAAGAACAAAAUUCAGUGUACGUCUUGUAACCAUAUAAAAUAUAUAAUGAAUCCAACUAAUAUUAUAUCUGUUCCACUACCAUCUGAAAAGUUUAAAGUCAUUGAUUUUACUGUUGUACCUAUGGACGGUCAAAUUCCAAUCAAAUAUUCAAUUAAAAGUACUCAAGAACGAUCAUUGGGUGAUUGUCUUAAAGAAUUAAGUUUAUUAUGUGGGUUGUCCCUUUCGCACAUGUUGUGUGCUGACGCUCCAGGUUCAAUAAUUCUCAACAUUUUAAAAGACUCAACUCCAAUAAAAAAAUUAAUAAACGGAGUUAAAGUUUUUGAAGUAGAAAAAUUCCCUUCCAUAUUCCCUGAAAGGAGGUGCUUAAAUUCAGUUAUAACUAAGUCAGUUAAAAGACAAUCAACCACAAACAAAAUGGCUCGUACACCAAGACAGUCAAUGGAAGUCGCAUUGAGAAAUUCAAUAAAAAAUACAGUGAUUAUCCCUCAAACUUCAUUAACACCUUUGAGAAUGAAGGCUGAAGUAUCAAAGAAAGGAGUUGUUAUGAUUAAUUGCUUACAUAGAAUUGUUACUGAAAACGAAAUCUAUUUCUUUAAUAAAUAUUUAACGUCAGUCGUUUCCUUACCAUUUAUUCUUACUUAUUCAUAUGAAGAACUUACAGUAUCUAAUAUUGUACGUGGAAUACUAAGACAUGUUAGAGUCGCUCUUAGACAACUUGUUAUCCAAGAAAAUAAAAUAUUUAUUGACUUACCAACAACAUUUAAUAUUGAGUAUUUGUUGUCAAAAGGAUUAGACCAAUUACCAUUUGACUUAAGAGUAACAAGUUAUGAUGGAAAGAAUUGUUUUGAUUGUUCAUGGGAUAAAGAUUGUUGUGGGUGUAUAUUAACAGAUAAAAUUCUUCAGCAAUAUGACUUUAAUGGUUUUACAUUUACUGUUUGUAUUGAUUGGAAGGGCAAUUCAUUAAUUAAGUAUGAUCAAUCAAUUGCUGAUUUAUAUCUUAAAGAUGAAAGUGUUAUAGCAUUAAGACGGUUACAAACAGAACCCAUUCAAUUAGUUGAUUGUUUUAAAUUACUUAAUUUACGUGAUGAAUUUUCUAUUGAUGAUGGUUGGGUAUGUCCACAUUGUCAGGCUAUUUGUCCUGCAACAAAUGUCAUUUCUUUAUAUUCUAUGCCAAUAUAUCUGAUAGUUACCUUAAAAAGGUUCAUUCAAAAUGGUGAUAAAUGGAUUAAAAGUAAUGCUGAAGUUACUUUCCCUAUUGAAGGAUUAAAAGCAAGAGAUAUAGUUGACAGUUCAAUAGAAACUACUGAAGAAGAUGUCUAUGAUUUGUAUGCAGUAAUUAAUCAUAUUGGAAAAUUAAAUGAGAGUCAUUACACUGCAAUUUGUAAAGUUGAUAAAGAUAAAUGGUUAAAAUUUGAUGACAAGUCAGUAUCUCAAGUUACUUCUGAUAAUAUCUGUACCAACACUGCCUAUAUUCUUUUCUAUAAAAAACGAAAUGUCAACCCAGAAGACAUUAUGAAUAAGUAUCAUUUUACUGACCAAAAAGAAUUAUUAACACAGUCAUGCGUUAUUAUGUAA